CUCACCAACCCCACCCCACGCCCAACCGUCCCCGCCAGCAAAACAGAUCGAUUCUCGAGGGAGACGAGCGCCGCCGCACCCGACCGAGUCAGAGCCGAGCCAGAGGCCCCCUCCCCGCUGACUCAGCUCCUCCGCCGUCGCCGGACGCGAAGCAAGUGAGGACCACGGAAGCAUUAGCUGGGUGAACUCACUCAAAAGAGGCAGGGAAUAGUGCGCUAGUUUGAAUGGCUGCUACAAAGCUGCAGGCACUUUGGAACCACCCUGCUGGUCCCAAAACCAUUCAUUUCUGGGCGCCAACAUUCAAAUGGGGUAUUAGCAUUGCCAACAUAGCCGACUUUGCUAAGCCGCCUGAAAAGAUAUCUUACCCUCAGCAAGUUGCUGUUACAUGCACUGGACUCAUUUGGUCAAGGUACAGCUUGGUUAUUACACCGAGAAACUUGAACCUUCUCAGUGUUAAUGUUGCAAUGGCGGGUACAGGCCUGUAUCAGCUUUCACGGAAGAUAAGGCAAGAUUACUUCUCUGAUGAGAAGGAUGCUGCUCCACAACUGGAAGCAUAGAUGUCAGCAGACAAAGAAUAACGGAUUGGGAAGUCUGCUGCCUAGGAGUCUACUCUUGAUUUUUUUUCUGGGCAGGCAAAGAAUAACGGAUGGGUCAUGUUUGUUUUCCUGUUAUUCUGAAAUCAUGACCAGGUCAAUGUGGAAAUAUUCUGCCAAAAAAGAAAACCCAUAAAGUAAUCUUUUGUGCACUUUUUGUGGGAACAAGUCAUGCAAGUACAUGGUUUAUCUGUUAUCCUUUUGUUCUCUUAUUUGGGAGCUCGAAA